AUGGCAGACAUGAAAGACGAAGGGUGCAGAAACAAAUUUGGCCAGCGAAUAUCUGUUCAUGCUAAUCAGGAAGAAGCUCUGCGAUACAAACUCCUUGACAAAAUGUAUCCAGGAUGCGGCAAAAGAAACGCUCCCGUUUCUAGAGUUAGGGAAGAAGCUUUCUUUUGCAUCUGCGAAGACAAGAUCCAAAUACAACUCUGUAUUUCGCCCGCUGUACUAGUGAACCUGCACCUGCAGUUCAACCUGCAGAAUUGUCUAAGAAAGAAGCUGGAUUGUCAGCUGCAACAAGAUCCGGAAACGAAUCGAUAUCAAGAGCAAAUGAGUUCAAAAAUUCAUGAGAGGACAAGAGCCCGAAGAAAGCCUCUUUACUAA